AUGGCUCUCCCAAAGGUCUUCAAAGCAGUCGUCAUCAAAGAAGCCAACGGUCCAUUCGACGUCCAAGAGGUCGAGCUCAAGCAUCCGUCUCCCAACCAGGUUCUGGUCAAAGUACUUGCCUGCGGCGUCUGUUUCUCCGACGUCGACAUAGCAGCCGGUCACUACGGCGACGUCUUUCCUCGCACCCCGGGCCACGAACUCAUCGGCGACGUAGUUGAGCUGGGCGAAGCUGUAAAAACCAUCCAAAUCGGGCAGCGAGUAGGCGGCCCCUGGCAUGGAGGCCACGACGGGCGCUGCCGACAGUGCCAACGUUCCCAGUUCCAGAUGUGCGACAAUGCCCAAGUCAACGGCUUCACGCGCGACGGCGGUUUCGCAGAAUACGCUCUCCUCGAGGAGGAAGCCGUCGUACGCGUUCCCAAGAACCUGGACGCCGCUGAAGCUGCGCCUCUUCUAUGCGCGGGCGUGACGGUGUUUAAUGGCAUUCGCAAGAUGCACGUCGAACAGGGCGCGCUCGUGGCUGUGCAGGGCCUCGGAGGCCUAGGCCAUCUGGCUGUUCAGUACGCGAACCAUAUGGGGUACGAGGUGGCUGUUUUAUCUUCGGGAGACGAUAAAGCCGAGUUCGCGAAGCAGCUCGGGGUAAAGCACUACAUCAAUUCGAAGACGAGCGACGGGCCAGACGAGCUAAGGAAACUAGGCGGUGCAAGCAUCAUCGUCCAGACGGCUCCGAAUCCGAAAGUCGUGAGUGGGUUGGUGGCGGGACUCGCGCCCGGAGGCAAGCUGCUGUGCUUGGCGCCGGUGGGCAAAGUCGAGUUUGAUACCGUGGGCAUGGUGUUGGGGGGAAAGAGUGUUCACGGCUGGCCGAGCGGGCAUGCGCUCGAUAGCGAGGAGGCGAUUCGGUUUGCGGAGACGCACGGUAUCAGGUGCAUGGUGGAGAGGUUUCCGCUGGAACAUGUGCAGAAGGCGGUGGAUGGGCUGCUGGCUGGGAAGCCCAGGUUUAGGAACGUCUUGACCAUGGUAAAGUAA